CUAUAUGUUAUUGUGGAGUGCAACCAGUGACACCCGACACACCUGACACGUCUCUAUUUUCAUCGUUUUUAUCGACACAGUUUGUUAAGAAAACAUGGCGCUCGCCUGGAACGACUCCAAAAAACAUAGUGAUAGAGAAAGGUGGGUCUGCAUCUAUCCAAUCUAUCUGAACAGCAAGAAGACUCGUGCAGAGGGUAGGAAACUUACGAAAUCAAAGUGUGUCGAGAACCCGACCCACCAGGAAAUUCGGGACGUUUUGACAGCAGCAGGUCUCAACGUGGGUGUUGAAAACAAAUUGCACCCGAGGGAACGCAGUAAAGAGCUUCUCUACAGAGGUAGAAUUCGCGUCCAACUGAAAGACGAUGAUGGCAAGCCAAUGAAGCAAGAGUUCCCCUCGAGGGAUUCCCUUCUCCUAUAUUUGGGGACUACCAUUCCCAAUCUGAAGACUAGACAGGGGAAGCAGAGCUCUGCUGAGCAGACAACUCAGCAGCCAUCGGCAUCCGCGAAGAAGGGUAAAGGAAAAGGCAGGAGGUGAAAAAAUUUAAUAUUUUCACUGAAAGUACCAUUAUCUCAUUCCUACUGAAUGUUUCAUCGGUGUAAAUAGGCUAACAGAAAUUUAUCCAGAAUUUCUUCAAUUUUUAUAUUAAAGUAUUGAAACCAA